AUGGUGUUUUAAGACGUGGUAUAUCUUGGUGUUUGGAGACGGGGUAUAUAGAUGAUAACAGUGAUAACCACCAGCAAUUUAACAUUCUCUAUAUUCUGAUUAUCUUAAGAACUUAUUAUCGUAUCAUGCUAUGGAAGAUACUGCAUCAAGAUAGAAAGUGCUGCACAAGUACAAAAUAGAUGGCUUUCUCAUUAACAUUACAAUAGAAAGCUUCAGAGAUUCUGCUAGAGAUUGAAAUGGUAGAAGGAGAGGAACUCCAGGUGUUGAAAGGGCCACCAGAAAGUCAACUAGAGAUUAGCGUAGCCCGAAGGGAUGGGGACCGGUCUCACAAUUCUAGCCGUCGGAGCUUGCGGAACAACGGGGGAAAAGGUUGUGUACCGAUACUACGCCGUUGGCUGCCGAUACUACGAUGGACAUUGCAUUACAGUCGGAUUGAUUUACUAGCAGACAUGAUAGCGGGCGUGACACUAGGCCUAACGAUGAUUCCGCAGAGUAUCGCUUAUGCUACCAUCGCCGGUUUACCUUCGCAGUACGGAUUGUACGCGGCGCUCGUUGGAUCGGUGGUAUACGCGUUUCUUGGGACGGUAAAGGAGGUCUCGAUUGGGCCCACGAGUCUGAUGGCUUUGCUGACCUAUCAAUAUGCGGCGAACCAUCCACCACAGUAUGUCGUCGUGCUUGCGUUCACAGCGGGAAUUGUAGAGCUGUUGAUGGGUGGUGCACGGCUCGGCUUCCUUAUCUGCCUCAUCUCGGAACCGGUGACGUCAGCCUUCACGUCGGCUACUGCCCUCAUCAUCAUUGGAACACAAUUACGCAACCUGCUAGGGCUACCCAAACCAGUAACGGCAACGGCUGACGGAGGCUUAUUUUCAACGGUGCUUGACGUAAGCCGCCGGUAUACGGAAGCCACCGUCCCAGAUAGCAGUGUCGGUUUUGCUUGUAUUCUGCUCCUGGUGAUACUCCAGCAACUGCCUAAGCUAGUUCCAGCAUCUAGCCAACGUUGGCGCCGUUUUGCUUGUCUGCUGUGGUAUGUGGCUCUGGCUCGAAACGCAAUCGUUGUACUUGGUUCUGCCUUUUUGUCUUAUUGGAUCGAUAGUGGCAGCAACACUGGUUCGGCUGUUCCUUGGAAACUUUCCGGCAAGGUCGAACCGGGAAUUCCCUCGUUUCAGCUACCAACACAGGACAUCGUAGUGGGCAAUGUGACCAUUAGUUUCUUCGACAUUGUUGCGGAUUUGGGUAGUGGACCCGUACUUGUGCCACUUGUUGCCAUUUUGGCCAACGUAGCCAUUGGGAAAGCCUUCUCAUCGGGCCAACCAGUCGACGCAACUCAGGAGAUGAUCGCGCUAGGACUUUGCAAUGUCAUCGGGUCGUGCUUCCGGUCGAUGCCGACCACCGGCGCAUUCACUCGUUCGGCCGUAAGCCACGCGAGUGGUGUCCGUACACCACUGUCUGGUUUCUACAGUGCGCUCCUUUGCUUGCUCGCACUCGGUAUCUUAACACCGUACUUCUUUUACAUACCGCGGGCAACGUUGGCAGCGGUGCUGAUAGCAGCUGUUACCCCAAUGCUUGAUCCUAGCAUCGUCGCUAAGCUCUGGCGUGCCGGCUUUCACUACGAUUUGCUAGUCUGGUGCUGCUGCAUUGCACUUUGCCUUGCGGCCGGCAUUGAGAUUGGACUUCUGGGUGGAAUGGUCGUUAGCAUGGUUCAGCCUCUGGCCAGUUUCGUAUGGCUCCGAGUAGAAUGUGAAACAAUCCACGAACGCGAUCAGCAUUUUACCUACCGUCUCAUCCGGUUGCAGCAGGGGCUGCUUUACCCGGGCGUUGAUCGCCUUCGGACACUCGUGUUGCAGGAGAUGCACAUGCAUGGGGCCACUCUACCGAUUGUACUCGACUGUUGUCGGAUGGUGCUGAUGGACUUCACUGCCUGCCGAGCGCUGGAUAAUCUCAGUAAGGAAGUGCAUAGGCUCGGUGGCAACCUGCUGCUACGCAAUGUCUUACCCUGUUGGCACGAACGUCUAGCCCUCCACGAAACCGAGCACGGUCUAGCGUUUGGGACACAAGCAUCGUAAAAAGGCCAGUCCUGUUGCGAGGAUAGAUCAGCAUGCUGGAUACAGUACUCGCCCCGACAUAUUAAAGUAAUAUACAUCGCUCGUGAUAACGAUGAGGCACCAUAAUAUGAAUAAAGUAAAACUAGUAAGUGAGUAAACCCAACCAGGAAGUCUUUUUCACUCUGCGAAGCCAAGCAAGUCUUGCGAUGCAUUGGGCUAGCCAUGAAAUGUUUGACUCACUUUCAUGCCUCCUAGAUCACUGGGAGGUGGGAUGGUGGCCGAGUCGGUGAGUAACAGGGAGGUAGACAUCGUGACUUA